GCAACAACAUGAGGAACGAGCUGGCAACCUGGACGGCGCAAUUGGCGGCGGCGCGAGAAGCUCUAAGCAUCAGAGGACUCUCGCAUGCUGCUUCCUUCGCAUGCGAGCUGUAUGCGUCCUUGCCCUUGUCUGUGCGGGAGAAUGCGUCGUCGGUGCAGGUGGAUCAUUCCGCGGCCCCGUCCGAUGGACUGCUGUUGCUGGCGAAAUCGUACAUGGACUUGCAAGAAUACGCUCGUGCGAGUCAUGUUCUAGGUCAGAAGCAGGGGGCGCUGACCGACGUUGAAUUCUUUGUCUUGCAUUACGCUCGGUACCUCGUACGCACACAUCCCGACAACUCUUUCUCGUUCGUCGCGUCAAAAACCAUGUAUAUAUGUAUAUGUGUAUGCCCUCUAGGCAGGCGAACGACGCAAGGAACAGCUGAGCAUGGAGAUGAAGACGCACUCUGGAGCAUCCCAGAAACAGACGACGUCGAAUCCACACUUAAAGGACUUGCUUCGAGAUUUGGCCGACGCCGAUGCCAGCCCCAACCAACUCGAUGCGUUUGGGUUGUACCUGUAUGCUGUAGUGCUCAAACAAGCUGGAUUUGAACACACCACCGUCCACGCGCUGUACGUCCAGCUAUUGCAGCGUUCAUUGGCCUUGUUCCCGUGGAAUUGGUCGGCAUGGAUGGAAUUAGCGGCGACAUCGAACGAUGGCUCCUCGACGAAUCAUCAGGGGGAAAUGAAUCACAACGAGAAGGCGUGCCCGUGGAUGUCGCAUCUAUUUCAAGCCCACGUGUUGUUGUUACACUGUCACAUUCCCCAGGCCAUCGACAUCUUGGAGCAAAUCCAACCCACGUUUCCCACAAGCUCCUACAUCGUGUCACAACUCGCGCGGGCGCAUUACGAGCUGCGAGAUUUCGAUGGCGCCCACCGGUUGUUUGAGCAACUGUCGACGUCGGACCCGUAUCGCAUGGACUUAAUGGAUUUAUACUCGGAUGUGCUGUACGUGAAAGAGGAAAAGACGGCGCUCAGUGAGCUCGCGCAUCACGUGCAUACUGUGGACAAGUACAGACCCGAAUCCAAUUGCGUGAUUGGCAAUUACUACGCCCUCAAGGGCCAGCACGAACGCGCGAUCGCGUAUUUCAACCGCGCGAUCACGCUGGACGGGACAUGUGUUGCUGCAUGGACGCUGAUUGGACACGAGUACAUUCAAUUGAAAAAUACCAACGCUGCAAUCGAAGUAUACCGGCGGGCCCUCGAAUUAGCCCCCACCGACUACCGUGCUUGGUAUGGAUUGGGUCAAGCAUACGAACUGCUCGAGUUGUUCCACUACAGUGUGCAUUAUUACCAGAAAGCCACGGGCAUCCGGCCAUAUGAUGCUCGGAUGUGGGUGGCGCUGGGCGGGUCGUUGGAAAAGCUGGGUCAGCAUAGUCAAGCUAAAUCGAGCUAUUUACGAGCAGUGACCAACAACGAUGCUGAAGGAAUUGCUGUGUUUCGACUGGCCAAACUGUACGAGCUAGUGGAAAAAGAUAUGGACAAGGCCGCCGAGUAUUAUCGAUUGCACUGGCAACGGGACCGAGCGACGGGACAUAAUUCGUCGGCAGAGGCGGUCGCGGGCAUGCUUUUCUUGGGAAAUUACUGCAUGCUGCAAGGCAACCUGCCCGAAGCCAUGGAGUGGUGCUACAGACUGCUCGAGCGCGACGGACCGGAAAAAGAAGAGGCCAAAGCAAUGUUGCACGCCAUACGACGGAUGGAGUUGUUCGCGCCUCCGUCGUCAGACACCACAUUGUCUCCUUAACGAUAAAAAUAUACAAGGGGAAAAUAAGCAUGAACGAUAUAUGCAAGCAUUUUGGGC